AUGAAAGGAUUUUCUGAUGAACCACAGCACUCGAUUGGCCUUUUGGAGGGUGGCACAGGCCUCUGUGAUGUGAUUGACAAUCAUAUUUAUGAACAAUGUCUGUCCAAGAAAAAUGCUUUCUUUGUGGCAGACCUUGGGGUUUUGGUGCAACAGUAUAUUCUUUGGCAAAGCCACAUGGCACACAUUCGUCCUUUUUACCCUGUCAGAUGCAACAAUAGUCCAGCCGUAAUUGAAGUCCUUGCUGCUCUUGGCACUGGCUUCCUGUGUGUUAAUAAGUCGGAACUGGAGUUGGUACGGAGCCAUGGUGUCCCGUCUGAAGAUAUUAUCUACAGUGGUGUUUGCAAACAGGUGUCCCAGCUGAAGUACGCUGCUAAAAAUGGCAUUAACCUUCUUGUGUGUGACAAUGAAACAGAACUACAAAAGAUUGCCCGUUCCCAUCCCAAUGCAAAGUUGCUGCUUCAAGUGUCAUCAGAAACCUCCUAUCCAGAUGAUAUGAGCAUGACUUUUGGCUGCUCCCUCAAAGAUUGCAGGCGUCUGCUGGAACGUGCCAAAGAGCUUGGUGUGCAGGUGGUUGGUGUAAGAUGUCACAUUUCUAACUUUUCUGAAGAUGAUGUUUAUGUCCACGCCCUCUCAGAUGCCCGUUGUGUUUUUGACAUGGCGGAGAAUAUUGGAUUUAAAUUGAAGAUCUUAGACAUUGGAGGUUUUGGCACCUCAGCAAUUCAACUAGAAAAAAUCAAUAAUGCAGUCAUGUCCAUGAUGGAGUUCUACUUUCCUCUUUCUGGAGUUUCUCUCAUUGCUGAACCUGGCAGUUAUUUUGUGUCCUCUGCUUUCACCCUGGCUGUCAACAUUAUUUCAAGGGAGAUAGUUGCUCGAGAUCAGCAAGACAACAACCCUGACUGUACUCCAAACGAUGAGCCAGCAUUCCAGUAUUAUUUAAAUGAGGGCGUCUUUGGACCAUUUGCAGGGAAACUUGUUGAAAAAUGGAUCAGCACACCAUCGGUUCACAAGAACACAACCCCUGAUGCCCCUGUAUUCUACAGCAGCGUUUGGGGGCCAUCUGGGGAUGACAUGGACUGUAUUGUAGAGCACUGUCUGCUGCCAGAGCUUAAUGUCGGAGACUGGCUCCUAUUCACUAAUGCAGGAGCAUACAGUCUGGGUCAGCCAGUUUGCACUGAACCAAAUGACUCUUCUUCCCCUCCCAUAUUUUAUGUCAUCUCUUCUACAGAGUGGUUUGAUAUGAAGGACGCUAGUAUCAGCAAGGAGACUAGUCUGAAGAACUUCUCCUUAAUUCCUUACUUUUUUAAUUCCUGCCAAACAACCACUGCACUUUCAGUUCCCGCUUAG